GCCUCAUUCAGAACCUCGAAAUUAGUGGUUUCAAUUACACUUAUUUUUUAGUUUGUGUUAAAAUUACUAGAAUAUCUUAGCAACACUUUGCGUUAGUCAGUUGUAUCCAUAGAGAAAGCGUAAUAUUUAGCUUAUACAGUGCCGGAUUAAGGUCCUAGGGGGCCCGGGGCUAUGGGCUACCCUCGGUGCCCCCAGGUCGGAUUAAGACACAAAGGGGCUUGGAGCAAAAUAAUGGGGGGGGGGGCUCACCCUCAAAUUUUGUUAUGAACAAAAAGGCGUAAUUUGGUAGUAGGUAUACACUCACUCAGAUUGUGAUAUGGUUUUGGAACAAACAUUAGCAGUACUACUAAUUGCUGUAGCACUAUGGACAAUAAUAUCACUUUACACCAAAAGAAAUAUCAUUAGGUUCGGCAAAAAAUAUAGCCAUUACACAUUCUAUCCAAUUUUUGGACAUUAUUUUCAACUUAGAAAUAAGAGUAUGUUCGACAUAUGCAUAAAUGAAGGCAUCAAAAAGGGUUUUCCGUAUGGUUGUUGGUUGGGACAUAACUUUUAUUAUGCAACAGAUGACGGUGAGGAAAUCCAAACCAUUUUAACGCAUCCCAACUCAUGGCAAAAAUCCGAAUUCUACAAUACGUUCAGAAUAGGAGCUUGGAAUAGUAUUUUGUUGUUGCCAGAAAAACUAUGGAAACCUCGACGAAAAUUCUUAGCAAAAAACUUCAGCCAACCGAUUCUGAAUUCGUACGUUCAAAUUUUCUAUAGAAACAGCGAAACUCUGAUUGAAAAAUUGAAAGACGUGCAGAAUAAGAAUUUGUUUGAAACUUUCGUUUGCUACGCCUAUGACUCCUUUUGUGAAACCAUGACUAACAAAAACUAUAAUAUACAAACAGAAGAGGGUUCUGAGGUGGUAAAAUGGAUAGAUCAUUGCCAAGAGAUACUUGGAGACAAUAUAGUUAGAGUAGGUUCCGGAUUUUUCUUUGCAGUCUUGUUUGUCCUUACAAAAACCCCUAAAGUUUUCCAAUUAUUUAAAUCUAUAUUAUUAUACAGAAAUUUUACUCAGCAGCUUAUUGUUGACAGAGAACAGGAACUUAAAAAGAAUAUUGAUGAAAACAAAACUUUGUUGGAUUCAAUUAUAAAGGCUGAUAAAAAAUUAUAUUUCAAUAGAACAAUUAUUAAUGACGAAUUGGUGACAUUUACUUUUGCUGCAGCAGAUACUAGCGGCAACACAUUGGCAUUUUUAUCGACGCUACUUGGCAUGCACCCCAAUAUUCAGAACAAACUGUACGAAGAAAUAUUGGAAGAAAUUGGCCCAGAUCGUCCUAUUGAAGCAUCAAAUUUGCAUAGUUUAAAAUAUACAGAAAGGGUCAUUUUAGAAACACUCAGGCUAAUUCCAGUAAUUCCUACGGUAGGAAGAUAUAUAGCAGAUGAUAUUAUAUGUGGUACAAAAACAAUUCCCAAAGGCGUUAAUACCGUUCUAAACAUAUUUGGCCUUCAUCGGAACAAGAAAUAUUGGACAGACCCGUUGAAAUUUGAUCCGGAUAGAUUUUUACCGGAAGAAAUUGCAAAAAGACCAUCGUAUUGUUAUUUUCCAUUUUCUAUCGGACCUCGUAAUUGUAUAGGAAAAACCUAUGCCCUGAUGAACUUAAAGGUGGCAGUUGCUAACAUAGUUCGGAAUUACGAAAUAGUUUCGAAUUAUAAAUCUGUAGAAGAGAUAGAUUUCCGAAUAUUUAUGACAAUAAAAACGAAACACAACUUAGACUGCCGAUUUAAACCUAGAAAAUAAUAGCAGUAUCUAAAAACCUUUUUUAAUAAAGUUCUAUACAA